AUGUGGGAGUUGCCCGACUUAUCUGAUGCUGAGGCCUCAUCGCCUGGACGCUGGAAGCGCGCGUGGGAGCUUCCUGACAGCGACCAGGGCGACCAGGGUGACGAUGGCCCGCUGGCCACCGCUGGGGGGCAUGCCGCGCCACGUCGACGGGUGGCCAGACGCACUCGGCGGGGAAGGCCGGUCGGGUAUGCAGGCACCGCCGCCGCCCGUGCCCACCGCGACGCCGCGUUGGCAUCGGCCGGCUUGCUGGGCGAUUCGGCGGAUGCGCCCGAAGAGGAGGAGAACGAGAAGGGGGAUUGCGCCGCGCAGUCCCCCCCACGAUUCGGCUUAUGGCUGUCGUGCCUGCCUUCGGGCGUGUCGGCCGCCGUGGCCAAGGCGGCCUGCCGCUCGUCUGUGCCGCGGGACCCAGAGUUGACAGAAAAGGUAGUGCCGCAUUUCUUCGGGCCUAUUUCAGCGCCGAUCGCCUCGACGACGGCGUCGGCCCACAUUGUCGGCAUGCCUCGACGAAAUGUUCCCCAGAGGUUGGCCCAGCUCGCUGCUGCUAUCUAUUGGGCGUCUCAGGCGUGGACCUCCUCGUUGGUCAGCUGGCUGCGCGCCAGGAUUGCCAGCCGUGCGGCUUUUGUGCCCGUUGCCGAUUUCCAGUGCACGCAGAUUGACGAAACCCCGUUGCUUCAUAAAGGGCAGUACAACGACAUGGGGCCGAAGCGCGGGGCAAGGCAGGAGCUGGCGCGCGUGCGGCAGCCAGUGUUUAGGCGACGUAUGAACAAAAAGGAAACGCAGGCCAUGAAAGAGGUCCAGGUCCGAUGCGAGCAGGUAUGGCUUUUUGAGUGCCCGGCGGCCAAGCGCACGCAGUGCUGGGUGGUUCCUCUCAUUACGCCACUGCAAGUUGUUGACCACGGAACUGGCGAGACAUUGGCCCAGGUGCUUGACGCGCAUUGGGGCGUCAACGGCCUGGCCAGCCUGCGCCAGCUGUUCGGCUUCCUGUUCGACGCCUACACGGCCGACCGCGCCCUGGAGAACGGCCGUUGCUUCAAUGGCAGGGCCGCUAAGAGCGGAAUCGAGUGUUUGAUUGAGCCGUGUUUUGCGCACAUCGCGCAUGCCAUUCAGAGCCGCUCGUGGAGAUCGAUGGACUACGUCGCAUCAGGUCUCAUCGCUUAUUCCCUAUGCAUGAAGCCAGGGGGGGCCGUUCAAAAACUCAGGCGGUACAUCGCGAUCUGGCUGUGGGAGAGGGUGCGCGUCGUCGACGAUGCCGCCCCUUCGCUAGAUGCGCCGAGCAGGGCCCCGCUAGUUGCGCUGCUCGAUUUAUGCCUCCCUGGAAAAGCAGUGGCGGAUAUCCGUCGCAGGCACGAGCUUCUCUUCCUGUUCACCUCGGACAUCACCAGCCCCGAGAUCGUAUGGCGUUGCCCCGGUCUUCUCUGGGAUAAGUGGGAUUGGGCAGUCCGGGCGGCGUUCGCGCUGCUUCCGAGCAAGGCGCGCUUGGUAUUCGGGAUCCACGACGUCGGCCAUUACGCGGUGACAAAGUGGUGCCGCAGUAAGUUGGCAGACCCCGCCGGGUUCCAACAGGGAGCGGAGCCCAGAUCGACGUGGCAGUUGAGCAGCUCAUCUGAUGACGAACGGCCUGAUAGUGGCGCCGCUCGCGAGCCCGACCCUAAACGGGACGGCCAGCCAGGGAUCGAUUGGGCUGCGUUCAACCGCAAGCAGCGGAAGAAGUGUGAGGUUUUUGCGCCCAUCAGGCCCGCGGGAUUGUUGGUGGUGGCUUGCGCCACCAUGGCCCCGACCGUGGAGCUCACGCAUUACAUCGAGCACAUGGGGGGCAAAGGGUGGUUCUUGAAGCAGAUGGCAGAGGUUAUGCGGACAGGCUCAUGCACGACUCGCAUGUCUGAGGUCAGCGACGGGCGCGCGGAGACCCGUUUUCUCCAUCGCACGGACAACCUGCUCUGGGAUACGAGUAAGUGGCCAGCAUUGGAGUUUCACGAUCGCACGCGCGUCAUGGCCAACGUCGCUUUCAGCAUGAUCUCUGCGACCAAGUGCACAUCGCGCUCGUUGCUCUUUCGGCGCUGGGCGGGCUUCCCGUGCAAGCUUUGGGGGCUGCUCAGUUGCGGCCCGCAGGACCGGCAGGCCCUCGCCCACGAGUUGCUGCAUUCGCCCAAGUGUUUAUUGGACCCGUGGUCGGAGCACUUCCUUAAAAAGUAUUCGACCGUGCCGCUGUUGACGGGCAGUGAGGCCCUGGGGGUGUUGCAUGUUGUCGGAUUGUUGGUGAAGAUAGACAAUUGUUUCAUUGAGUGUUUGAACGCGUUGCUCCGGCGCUUGCAGCGGGAGAAAUCCCAGACGCACUGCCCAGACAUUGCAGCUGCCAGCGCCGAGUUCGUCAUACGCCAGCAGGCGAUCCAGGAGAAGGAGGUGAUAUCUCGCAGUCGCGCGCUCCGCCCGCCCGAAAACACCAGGCCCGAGGGUUCCAGGCCACCGCGGUGCAAGGUGAUCCGCACUGGGCACCAAGCUGGCCACAAAACACAUGGCGGGGGGGUCUGGCGUCGCGCUCUCGGGGUGGAGUUGGCAGGAACGACGUGGAAGACUCGGGGGGAGCAGAAGGCCGUCAUGCGAGCGGCCCACCAGUCCGCCCGGGAGAAGAGGGCGGCCGGCGGCGAAGUGUGGCAGCAGAUGCAGGAGGAGGGCCGUGCAGGCACGCUGGCCCACAGAUGCGGGGGCAAGUCCUUCGGGGGGGCGAUGCCGAAGGCCCUCGAGCCGCAGCAGGCGACAGGCCAGCUUACCCAGCGCCAGGUGGUGGCCAUCGAGCUCCACCGACGCGCGGAGAAGGAUUGCCACGACGUGUGCCGCCAAAAGGCCCUGGCUAGGCAAGCCGAUGCGCAUGCCGCAGCCCGGACGGAGCAGGCGAUCGUCGAGUGGUGCGAGUCCCAUCGCGAGGAGGCGGUCCCCCUGGGGAGCGAGGCGCUGCCAGUGGACUUCAUCUUCUGGUGCCCGCCCGCUCGCGAGAUGGCCGAGCGCGCGCUCGCUGGCCAGAGCAGUUCCGGCCACGCGUCAAUUUUGGGCGCCUUGGGGUCUGCCUGGCAGGCGCGCCACAAUUGCCUGGUCCACAGCGCUUCCCCCCCCCUGCCCGGGCGCGACCCCGCGGAGCAGAAGGCGAGGCAGAGGUCAAUCUGCGCGCUCGCUGGCCAGUGCUUGUGCAGUGACGACUGUCGGAGCGGGCGGUGUCUGGCGCAGGCGGCGUCAAUCAUCUUCCGCAAGACGUUCGUCAAGGACUCCGCGGCCCGCAAGGUCUACGACGAGAACAUGGCCGUGCUGCACGUGUUCGAGAAGGAGUCCGGCUGGGAGGACGAUCCUGGCGCGGGCACUUGGCUGCAUUGUGGGCACGGUGAUCUUCGUUCCGGCGAAUUCCACUUCACUGAGCUCGUGGCGGACUGCGACAGCGAGCAGGCGCUCAGCCUGGAAGGCAUGGCGCCGCGCAUCAUUGCGCUGAAG